CGCUCUCGUGUGUGUGGCUCGGGUGUGUCUUUUUCGGCGUCCCUGCUCGGGCCACGCAUUGGUUGCUGCAUGGCUGUAUGCUAAAUAGGAAAACGGAGUGGGAGAAAAGCUCGCGACAGGCGGUUGGCGGUACCGGUAACGAGCCGGCUGCGGCUGCAGCAGCAAGGCGCGGGACUCUUCCUCGUCUUCCUUCUUCCUCGCUACCCCUCAGGAAACGUCGACAUCGGUUGCUCGAGAUGACCCCUCGCAGUGUGCAUGUCAUGUCAACAAGGAGCUGGGCAAUGCCCGUGAUCAUGUGCCUGCUGGGCAUCUUGACGGUCAAGGUCUUCUUCUUAUCGCGGUCCGAUGAGUACGUUUCUUCGAGCAGGGUGCAGGAGAUGGUUGAGGUGGAGGUGCAGCGUCGAGUACAGCAGCAGGUGUCGCUGCUGAAUUCGGAACCCCACACGCUGCCUUCGGAAGGAGGGAAAGGGCCAGCCGUGGCCAACGAUUUCCCGCCUACGGCCGACCUUUCCGAGAAGGACCGCAUGCGCGUGCUAGUCACCGGCGGGGCAGGCUUUGUGGGUUCUCACCUGGUGGACGCUCUGAUGAAGAUGGGGCACGAUGUCAUCGUGCUAGACAAUUUCUUCACGGGAAGGCAGAAGAAUGUGCAGCACUGGAUAGGACACCCAAGCUUUCAUCUCAUAACGCACGACGUCGUGGAGCCAAUCAAACUCGAGGUAGACCAGAUAUAUCACCUGGCUUGCCCAGCAUCACCACCUCACUACCAGUACAACCCCAUCAAGACUAUCAAAACCAGCACCCAAGGCACGCUUAAUAUGCUCGGGCUUGCCAAGCGGACAGGCGCGAGGAUGCUUCUCACCAGCACCUCAGAGGUCUACGGAGAUCCGGAGGAGCACCCACAGCGCGAGACGUACUGGGGCAACGUCAACCCCAUCGGGCCGCGUGCCUGUUACGACGAGGGAAAGCGAGUGGCGGAGACCAUGAUGUACGCCUACGAGAACCAGGGAGAAAUGGAGGUGCGGGUCGCUCGCAUCUUCAACACCUUCGGCCCGCGAAUGCACCCGAACGACGGGCGCGUGGUGAGCAACUUCAUCAUCCAGGCAAUUCAGGGGAAGGACAUCACCAUUUACGGUGACGGAUCGCAGACCCGAUCGUUCCAGUACGUCGAUGACCUCGUGCGGGGCCUGAUCGCGCUCAUGAACAGUAAUUACUCCGGGCCGGUGAACAUCGGGAACCCGGAUGAAUACACCGUCAAGGAUUUCGCCGAGUUGAUCAAGUCGUCGACGGAGAGCACGAGCAAGAUCAUCUUCAUGGAUGGGACCAAGGAUGACCCCAACAAGAGAAAGCCCGACAUAACUCUUGCCAAGAAGGAGCUGAGAUGGGAGCCUACCGUGGCCGUGAAGGACGGUCUGGUCGAGACAAUAAAAUACUUCCGCGGGGAACUGAAAAAGACGGGGGAGAUCAUUCCCACGGGUCCAGACGCCUCCAAACCGAGGAACUUCGCCGAUCCCAACCGUCCGAGGCAACUCCGAUCACCCUAGGGAGGAGUUGAGGGACGGGUCACGGUGAGGAGAAAGAAACGCAGGCGAGGUGGGCGUGUAUACACGAGGUGCUUCGUACUUCUACACUUGUCGACGGCCGGUGGACCAUUCGGGGUCAAAAGUGAUAGCCGUGGUGCUUAGUGGUGACGUGCACAAAGACUGGAGCGCACGGAGUUUCAACAUACUGGUAGAUGCCGGGAAAAGGAGGUCAUGAUGAUGAAGAGAAAGAUUGCUCGGAACAGCAGUAGUUGGAGGUGUUCGUGAAAUGGAUGGAUGGAUUUUGAAUGCCUUGCACCUCAAUCACCUUGAUCGCUGUUUCGAGAUACGAAAGUACCCUGGGCCAAACCGAGGCACAGCAAGUGCAAGUCUCAAGAGAGGGUGGAGUUCAUGUGACCGAUGUGUGUCAGGAUGGGACGACGGGGAGAACUUGGCUGCAUAGCUCUGGCGAGAGCGCGAAGAGCCCAUCCCAGCCUUGGCAAAUUCCUCCCCUCUUGAAUAUCUGGUACACCUUUCAUUCAUGUCUUGCGGGGAAGGGGUUAUGGGGCAGGCAUAAACCCCGGAUACGAGGUACUUUACGGCAUGGCGGAGCGCACCUUGGACUAGAUACGAAGGGUGGACGGCAACGACAACGUGAUGGAGCUUUAUCCUUCAGCCUGUUGCGUUCUAUCGUGAUGGAACCUGUAGCUAUUGUGGUGUUUUUCCCCCCAGCACUGACCUGUGUGGCCUUUGCCAAUUCGUGGCUCAAAGAUUUUUGCUCUUUCGCGGUAUUAUUUGCAUAUGCUGUACUUGUUUUGUAGAUGUCAAAUAGCGCAGGGCAAGUCGUUCUGUAUGCUGAACUCGGGGGGGGACGGGGUCACUCGGUGUUGCUGCAUCUCUCUGUCCGUCCGAGUUGGUUCCCUUUUGCUCAUGUAUUUUCCCUUCGCCCUUGCAGGUUGGGGGUGCAGGGUAGGGUGUGACACAAGACGCUCUCCGAGCAUCACCGCCUCGACACUAGCAAGCUCGUGGUAUUAUGGAAGGAUUUGCGAUAUGGUAUGUAUUUCAAUAUGUGUAGGACUGUGCGCCUUUGUGCAGUCUAUAUCUGCCUGGGGUCAGCCCCGGCCUCGUCUGUUCGCCCACUGCAAGUUAUGGUACCAAUAUAAACGUUGUCCCAAAGAACUUCUUCAAAAUAUUUUGUAGCCACUUGUUUUUUCACAACAGAAACUGAAACCCGAAAGGCUAAAUAUCGAUUCUGCCGAGUUUUUUCACGUGCAGCGACAAAGCUGCAACAUAAGAAGAGCAGAUACGGUUGGAAGUCGUUGAGAAUGGUGCAAAUAUCCAAUUGGUCGAUUGUAGGGAUCGGAUUUAUGCCCGCGAAGUCGGCUCGCCGCAAUGAAGUCGGCCCGUACGGAACAGAUCGGUGCCCCCGUGGUGCACUUCAGUUUUUUUUUUUCCCACACGGCUUCAACUGUUCGCGGUGAGUGUACGUUUAUCCAUGACACCCAAACCAAGGUCUUUCGCCCGGAGCGAAAAGGCCGCGCUAACGCGAAAGCGCGGACUCUUCAGAGAGAUCGAUAGCAACCCGUGACACGACGCAUAACCGAGAAUUCCAAGCGAGCACCCACGUCUAUCUCCCAAACGAAGAGUCAUUUUUUUCCGAUUCGAUUUGCUCGCGAGGCUGGUGCUACUGCGUACUUGUCGAGAGCGUUCGUAGCAUCUGGACUCGUGCAACGAUACGCGUGAUUCUUCACGAGACUCCAAAAGCCAGGAAUCGGUAUCUCAGCCUAAUGGUGACUUCGACGAAAAUCAACGCGCAACAUGCUCGAGCAGUCCCAUGGACUACAGGUAGGCGGAUCAGCGGAUCAACGAUGGUGAUUUUGGUGGGCCUCAAUCAACAUCGUUGUCAGUAUCCUCGUGUUUAGUCCUCCCCGUCCUAUGCCAUCGUUGGUUCUAUGACUGCUUUGUGCCUGUAGAAGGCAUCGCCUGCGCUAGGGACUCGAUCAGCAAAUAAUGUUGAUAUUCGCGGCACCAAGCCGCUGGAAUGCGGUUUAGUCCAUGGGUCCCCCACAAACGCAGCCUUGGGGGAGUGCUCGUAUAUCUCCUCCCUCGUCUAUCCACGCCGGCAUAGAUUGUAGCAGUACCUCUGCGUACAGGCAGCCUUUCGUCCAACUGCCUAGGCGUCUUUCAAUAAGU